AUGAGUUAUGCGGUAACGAUGAACAUCGUGAACGCCCACACCGGCAUCACAUUCCUGGUGAACCCCCACCAAUUUGUCAAUUUGGAUGUCUUCAAACUAUGGGUCCAAGAAAACUUGCGAAUCCCGAAAGCCAGCCUCUUCUUGUUGGCGCCGUUUGGCGUGAGGUUCAAGUUCCAAAUGUUGAGCGAAGGUCCCGAGGUUUACGCCUUUGACAAACGCCUCUUCUCUCCCGAUCAUCAAAAGACACAAGUCGCGACCGUUUUACGUGAAAUCCAAGAAGACAAUGCGGAGCUAGUUUCAAUCCGCCCCUCUGACUCUCCGUUGUUAGAUUCAGAAUUGACUGACCUGGCCCCCAGACAGCUUCAGAGCAAGUUGGUGAUGAAUAGUGGAUGGUCUGCAGCCGUACUCCGCGACUGCAAGUUAAUCAACGAGGCUGUCACGCUCAAAAUCAACGAGGUCAACACCUUGUUCAAGGCCUUGAAUGUCAUUUUUCAGUACUACGGCAACUUCUGUCUGGACAUUGAGAACGACUUUUCCAAAAAGAGGGAAGGGAUUCAGAAGAGCCAGCAGUACUCCUUGGCCCAGGGGUGGCAUCAGCACUACCAGACGUUAAAACGAAUCAAGCUCGAUGCCAAGUGGCAAGCCGCGUCUUCGCCCGCUACGACUUUGGCUGAUUUGCUCAACGAAUCGGAGCUCAACCGGGCCGCCCAAGACAUCACACGGCUAUACUCUUCGUUGAAUGGCUCCUUCAAGGCCUUGAAGCAACAAAUCGAUGCCAAUGAUAAGGAUAAGCACACCAUCGACAGGAAAAACGAGUCGUUGAGAAAUGAGUCGAUCAAAAACUUUCGGAAUUUCCAGCAGAUCACUACCGACCACCUUACGACAUUGUCACGACUGGUAGAAGCCAUGCAGGUUGACUACAAGAAUAUUCAGCAUUUAAACGAUGCCGAGAUUGAAACCAUCUUCAGGAUACACAAGACCCAGCAUGUUGCCAAAAUUUCUCAGUCUGCAUCCCAGCUAUACAACAGUUUGCUCAAAUUAAUGAAAUUCAAGGAGGAGUUUUUGGUGAAAUCUGUGGAAAUCCUAUCCUUAAUCUCCAAUUCUCAGCUUAAGAUUGUCCAGGUGCGUGAUUCGUUGAAAUCAGUGCAGGCGUUCAUUAGCGAAUUGAAUGUCUCGGAGAAGGCGUUGUCCCAUGUGGUGGACAUGCCGCUUAUCUACGGUUUCUUUAUGAUUGAGUCGGUGAGAAGGAAGGAGUGGCACGGUAUGUUGAAGGGUAAAACAUUGAAUACCGCCGAGAACUUUGCGGUGGUUAACGACCAGGAGCGAGAGUUCAGGAAGAAAUGGUGUGAAAGGUUUGGUGUGAUUUUGGAGUUCUUGAACCUCAAUGAUUUCAAUAAAGACGACGAUCUUCUUAACGUGGACCUCACCAUCACCCGGAGCAGUCUGUUCAACCUGAAUGGCGAAUUCCUCGAAAUCACUCGAGACCAUGUGUUGCGGUAUAUUGAGCUAUUGAAGGAGGAGAGUGUAUCUACCCAAGUCUCGUCGCUUGUGGAGAACACAGAUGUCGUUUCAGUGUUGGAGAAGGCGUUGGCCGAUCUAGACGCCAAAACGCUAGGGUUGGAGGAGAAAGACAUGACUGCCGAGGGCGAUAGUGAGUUCGUGAAGGGCUUAAAAUCAAGGAUCAAUAAGUUGGAGAGCUUGUUACACCAGCAAAAUUUGAACAAGUACCCCAUGGGAAAGAGCGCCCCAAAGGAGGCGAAACCCACGUGGAUCGAUUCACUGGAGCGCCAGUCACUUUUGUUUGAUGGUGCAUCGAUGACGGCCAAGACGGGAGUUAAAAAUCCAAAGCUUGAUCAAUCGCUACUCUCACGACGCCACACUUUCAACUCUUCGAGUAAUCCCGUCCCGUCUAAGGUGUAUGACUCCACCAACAUCGAUAAACAUUUGGAGAACAUCAAGUGGAAAAGAGAUAUUGCUCAAUCCCAAGAAAUGUUAUCUAAAGUGUUGGCGAGGAAUGAGGAAAUGCUGCAGCGGAUGGAGAAGAUGGCCCAGACGUUGAGUGAGUACAAGGUUUCCGAAGGAAAACUAGACGAGGCUUUGAAGCAAGAGAGAGAGAAAUUUGACCAAAUCCUCACUGCCAGGAACGAUCUAGAGGAUAAACUUCGCUCAAAAGACGGCCAAAUAAAAAGGUUGGAGCAGAGGUUAGCUCAAAAAGAUACCAGUGCGGUGGAAGAGUUGCGUGCCACGUUUGAGGCUGCGAAGAUUGAAGAUACGCAAAAGAUAAAUGCGUUGAUGUUUGAAAAAUCCGUGUUGGUCGAUCAGAUGGCAAAGAUAAAUGCUCUGUAUGCUCUGGAGGAGGGAACAAAAAACGACUUGUUGUCCCGAAUCGCCGCUGCUGAAGAGAGAUCGACUGGUGAGAAGUUGGCAUUGGAGAGAGAAAUCAAGAGCUUGCAGUUGCAGCAUAAAACGGAUUCCGAGCAAGUCACUUUAUUUCGAAACCUUUGCUCUCAGCAUAUUUCUAUUAUGAAGGGUAUGAAGUCGGUAAUUGUUGACUGUUUCCUGAAAGCUGAUAUCUUGACCCGUCUUUUAUUCAAAACCUUUACUGACUCGUGUUUAAUCUUGGAGAACAUCGGGUUGCUUCUUGUCAUGAAAGAUUCCAUCCCUACCGUCAUCAGGGUGAAGGGUUUAAAGAACAAAGGGAAAGCUGACGCCGAGGGUGGGGACAGGCCCUCUACCACGUUUGUAUCCGAAGCGGCAAACCAUCUAAAUUGGUUUCCAUUGAUUGAAGCUGUACCACUCACACAGAAACAAUCGUCCGAAACAGAGUCACCGUUGCCAGAUUCUGACUUGUCCGUUGUUUCCGAAGCCCUGAAAUACAUCAAGGUUUACCUGCCACAGCUUAUGGAAGCUAGCUUCCAGAAAUUCAUUCGCUCGGUGACCUUUGAGGACAGCGAUCUUCUUAGAAAAUCUAUUACAAAACGGUUUGGUGACGUGGAGACUUUGGCCAAAAAGUUGCAGAAGGAGAUUAAAACCACAAAGCAAGAGGUUCAGCUGACUCUAGCAGACUAUUCUUCCAAGCUUUCUAUUAAGGAUUUCAAGGCAGGGGACUUGGUCAUGUUUUUACCUACACGCGAGCAGGAUGAGCUGGCAGCUAUGCAUGAUACGGUGGUUGUCCAGCCGUGGGCCGCGUUCAACGUUGGGGCACCGCAUCACUUUUUGAAAAACGAUGGCAGCUUCAGCUUGUCUAACCGCGACUGGUUGUUGGCAACCAUAGUGAGUAUUCACAAAUUCGAGGUCACUACUUCCAAUGUUGAUAACUUGGAACAAAAUCCCUUCAAGUUGAGUUUGGGGGUGACGUGGUUUUACGUAGAAGCUAUUGAGGAAGAAAGUUUACUCUAA